CAACCCAGACGCUUCGCCCCUCUAUUAUAGAUCGGCGUCCGGUGUCAACAACCCGAAAGCGGACACGUGAGGGGAAACCAAGUCGUGUGGUAGGAGAGGGCGGGUUGCAAGAGCUCGUAUUACAGCCGAGGGGAGGAAAGGCUUCUUUCCCGCGAAGCCAGGGGCUUGGGGCGGAGCAGGUGGGCCCGUCGAGACAGGAACCCGGGAAGCGAGAGGAGCCGCAGCCCAGCCGGGAGAGGCGUCUUUCAGGCCCGAGGGGAGCUCGGCCGCGCCCCGGACCCGCCUGGCCAUGGACCCCGAGCGCGGUGGAACUGCUUGGUGCUGAUAGACCAUUCUGCUGAGGUCCUGGGAGAAGCACAGUUUUGAAAGAGGCUGUACAUGGGGCUAACUCUUCAGGUGACUGACUAAAAGGGAAGCCUUUGGGUCUUCUCCCAGCAUUCUGACGCGAAGGGGCUGCCUGGAAUGGAGCUUGCAAAUAUUCAGGAUGCUGUUACUCAGCUGAAUAUCCAUGGCCCAACAUUGGCUUUCCAGAACAUUAGUUACUUGGUCACCACAUGCUGGACCUUACCUUUCAAAGGAAAAGAAGAAAAGGAAGUUCUCAGGGAUGUCAGUGGUAUUAUGAAGCCUGGGAUGAAUGCCAUCUUGGGGCCAACCGGAAGUGGGAAAACUUCGCUCCUCGAUGUCCUAGCAGGAUGGAAAGACCCCAAAGGGCUUACAGGUGGGCAGAUCUUUAUGGAUGGAAAGUUGGUAGACUCCAAUUUUCAUCAGUGUUCUGCCUAUGUAGUCCAGGAGGACAUUCUGACAGGAACCCUCAGCAUCCGGGAGAACCUCCAGUUCUCCGCCAACCUGCGGCUGCCACAGAACAGGAACAGCAACACAGAGAAGAAGGUCAAGGUUGAUGCUGUGAUACAGGAGCUGGGCCUACAGGACUGUGCAGACACCAAGAUUGGGACUGAAUUCCUGCGUGGCGUUUCAGGGGGUGAGAAGAAACGCUGCAGCAUUGGUAUGGAACUGAUUACUUCACCUUCCCUGAUCUUUCUGGAUGAGCCAACCACAGGGCUGGAUGCCAACACAGCUAACGCCAUCAUGCAGCUUUUGCACCAACUUUCCAGGAAAGGGAGAACGGUGAUCUUCUCAAUUCAUCAGCCGCGCUACUCCAUCUUCAGGCUGUUUGACCAUCUGACCUUGAUGAGCAAGGGAGAAAUAAUAUUUGCAGGAGCAGCAGAUGAAGCCACAACUUAUUUCAGUAGCAUUGGCUAUCAGUGUGAGCAGUUUAACAAUCCCUUGGACUUCUUUCUGGAUGUAAUCAGUGGGGAGGUGAUACAGUCCCAGCCUCAACAACACUUGGCAUGCAACAAGAAGGAUGGCCUUUUCUCCAGCAAUUGUUCCCUUGACAAGAACGCGCUUUCCAGUUAUUACCAUCAGUCCUCCUACUAUGAGCAGCUGCAAGAAGAUCUGAAAAACCUACAGUCAUUCCCGAACCAAGGCUGCGAUGCUACCACAUCAAAAGCCACUUAUGCCACCUCAUUCGCCCAGCAGUUGUAUGUUGUGAGCUGCCGUAAUGUGAAGCAUCUGCUGAGGAAUCCUCAGACCUCCAUUGGCCAGAUCCUUUUGGGCAUGGUCUUCUCCUUGUUGGUGGGGCUCAUUUACUACCAAAUCCCGGACACUCUGCCGGAAGCCCUACAGAACAGCCAUGAGAGUGCCAGAGGUUACUAUAGGACAUCUGCAUACUUUCUAGCCAAAGUGUUUGCUGAUCUCGUUCCCAAUCGAAUCCUGCCUGUCCUGCUGUUCUCUUCCAUUUCCUAUUUCAUGAUGGGUCUCAAAAACGAUGCAGAAUCUUUCUUCCUGCACGUUUUGUCUCUUAGCCUGACUAACCUUGCAGCAGUGAGCAUGGCUUUCCUAGUGAGCGCCAGUGUCAAUGCAUUUGCCAUUGCCAACCUCUUGAUUGCCCUUCCAUACGUCUUCAUGAUGGUCUUUGGUGGAUUUCUUGUCAACCUCAAUUCCAUGUUGAGCUGGCUGUCCUGGAUCAAAUGGAUUAGUAUCUACAGAUAUGGCAUGAAUGCUCUGACCAUCAAUGAACUUAAAGGAAGAGUCUUCUACUUGAACUCUACCAGGGUCCCUGGAGAGCAUUACAUGAAGGACCAAGAAAUUGACUACAGCACGUGGGGUUUCUGGGAGAAUGAGCUGGCCCUCUUCUGCUUGACAUGCACCUUCCUCUUUUUGGCUUACAUGCAGCUCUUGAGAGUAAACCGUUGGAAAUAGACUACCGCAUUAAUGAGCCAUUAGGAGCACAGCUACCCUGCUGGAGUCUCUCCUCUAUCUUAUGAAAUUAGAA